UAGGCUUUGAUCCCAAGGCCUUGACCUCCCUUUGCUUUACGCCUCGCUUGUGGUUUCUUGAAGAAAUGGAUUUUGACACCCUGCGCGCCCCUCUUCAAGAGCUACCCUUCCUAACCAACCUCACACUAGACGAGGUUCCGCUGUACUUCGCCACCCCUAAACAGCCUAUCGCCAUAGAACUUGGCUGUCUGAGGUUUUUGCGGUUUGUGAUAGGACCACAGCGGUGCUGCAAGGAAGAUGCCGCUUGCAGCACACUUUCGUUAAUCAGAGCGCCAGUUCUGAGCCAUUUAGAAAUAAACCUCUCGAAACAGCCACGUGUAUCUGAAAGAUUCUCCAAUUACCUCCAAAUAAAUCCUCCUACCUAUCCUGAACUUCAUACCCUUACACUCCACCAAGCCUCCGAUAUCGCGCAUUCCGUGGCCUCAGCUU